AUGGCUACGAUCAGCGAGAGCAGCGAUGCCGACUUCGAGAGGCUUCUGAAGGCGCUACCGCCUGAGGGCGCCUUGCAUGGCCUGGAAGUCUUGGAGACCGUGGUGCGCAACGUGGUGCGUUUUCCACAGGAGGAAAAGUUCAGGAGACUCCGCACCAGCAACGAGAGGCUGGCGCCCCUCCUCAGCCUGUCAGGAGCCAUGCCCAUCAUGGAGUGCAUGGGCUGGGAAGUGGCUGAUGAGUUCCUGGUCCUCCCGAAGAGGGUGGAGCUGGACUACCAGAAGCACGUGACAAAGAUCCUGGAUGCGAAGACCCACUUCCUCCUCCGUGACACGGCGGAGAAGCGAACAGCCAAGAUGUUCCAGGAGUCUGCGAGGCAGGUGGAGGAGAUGGCAGAUCUGCGUGCGAUGCAGAAGCAAAAGUACCAGGAAGGCGGGUCGACGGAGCUUCGAUCCGAUCCCUCUUCCAUCUCCAAUGUCUACCACGCCAUCGAGGCUGAGCCAAGGAUUCAGGGCACCAGCUCAUUCGAUCUAUCCUGGUGUUGCUGUUGCUGCUCUUGGGGAACCGGUGGUUCCGGGAGCUCGAGGCCCAAGAUGAGGACGCUGGACGAUAUUCCGCGGCAGCUGACCAUGGACGAUGGUCUUCGGGUGGCUCGACUCCUGGGCGGCGGCUGA